CCAGAAUCCUAACCAACAUGGACACGCCCUCAAUUUUCCUCAUGACAAGGCAUUAAUGGUAAUAGCACGGUUAAAGUGACAGUUUUUGCUAUGCUGCUCGCAUGGCUUCUUAAUUCGAGGAGAAACUAACCUAAGAGGCAAUCCACGUUGGUGAAGUGCCCAGUUUGUGUUUGAAGUGCUCCCGAUUUUACUAUCUAAGCAUAAAAUCAAUUUUUACACUUAAAUGGAGGUCCCGCUGGAAGUUAUGAAUGGAGAGAAACAUAGCAGUAGCUUUUCAGUGAAGGAUAUUUUGGAUUUGCCUAAAGGAAAAAUAAGUUGUAGUCCUGUAGAUUCUCAAACCCCAACAGUAAACAGUAAUGUUUUAUCAUCUAUUCCAUCCGUACCUGAUGUAAGUGAUUUGCCUGGAGUUACGAGCUACUAUGAUAACGACAAUCCAUACAGUAGAUGGUUACAGACUAACGAAAAUAUACCAUACUCAAAUGUAUCACACCUGAACUCUCCAGGCGAUUCAAGUCAUUCUAGUGAUAUUUCCGCAACAGAAAGUCAUCCUGGUGUUAAUAAAAAACACACAACGGUGAAAUCAGAAGGAAAUAGUGACAACAAUUGUGAAAAAAGCGGUGAAAAUAACUCUAAUAAUAGCGAAUCACAAAAGAAACGAAAGCGAAGAGUUCUAUUUUCUAAAGCCCAAACUUACGAACUUGAACGUCGUUUUAGACAACAAAGAUAUCUUUCAGCACCAGAGAGAGAACAUUUAGCCAGUAUUAUAAGACUUACUCCGGUGCAAGUUAAAAUAUGGUUUCAGAAUCAUCGUUACAAAUUAAAGCGCUCUAGGCAAGAAAAAGGACUUGAUCUUAACCCUUUGCCAUCGCCUCGGCGCGUGGCAGUACCGGUUCUUGUGCGCGAUGGAAAACCAUGUCAACCAAGUAUGAAUAACUCUAUGGUUAAGUCUCCUGAUCAACUAGCGCUACAACAAAAUAUAGGUUCAUCUUUAAAUCAUCAACAGUUACAAAAUAUGAACAUGAAUUCUAUGGUAUCACUUCCUGGUAUGAACAACUCUAUGUCUGGUAUGAACCCCUCGUCUAUAUCAUCCAGUAUAAACAAUAUGAACAUGAGUUGUUCUUAUAAUUCAGCAGUGGGAUCUAUGAACUCCAUGAACCUUAACAUGAACAUGAACCAUAAUAUGAAUGUUUUACCAAGCUAUACACAUCCCCUUAUGCAACCCCAGACACGAUGGUGGUAGUAUUCAUUGCCUUUGUCGUCCGAUUCCAUCCAAUUAUAAUUGUAUUCAUCGGUUUGACGAGUCUCGUUUUUUUUUUUUAAUUUUUAUUUUAUAACUAAAUUCAAAGUGCUUCAAUUGAUCUGUCUUGUGCUGUUUAAAAUAUCUUUGUUUCGUUUCUUACAACACGAGACUGUGCUUUAUUCCUCUGUGAUUUGCAAUACUUCAUAAGUCUUCGGAAAGUGCUAAACACAAAUUACUUUGUUGCAUUAUUUCUGAAUAAUUGGAUUAUCUUAAACCAGAAAUUCAAUUUUUUUUUCAAAUCAGAAACUAAUGCGUUUUUUAACACGCAUCUGUUAAAACAAUAAAUGUUUUCCAGAGAUCUUUAUUUGAAUACUUUAUAUAUACAUUUUACAAAUGCAAUCUACCAGUUUUUAUUGUUGAAUAUCACAAAUCAAUAAAUCAUUUGAACCAGUGUAUAUCCAAUGUUAUGUCGAUGAUAUUUUUAAAAUUUAUGUAAAUACUAUCUAUGCAUUCUAUGCCGGUAGAUGAUUCAAUGCUGUCACUAGAAAUUAUUUGAUAUAAAGAAGAUACAAAAAGAACAUGUUGCUUUCUGAGGCGUCUAGUCAAAUAUUGUAUAUAUGAAAAAGGAAAACAACGAAAAAGGGGCAUUAUACAUGUCAAUCGAGUCUACUUAUUUUCCAUUAUAGAUACCCUGUGCAUUUGUGCCAUAUUUCAAAAAAUGAGAAUAACUGCUAAACAAACAUUAUUAUAUUACAUAUUGCAUGAAUGGCGCGUAGGGCACUUGCAACGCUGAGAAAAGAACAAAAGUUGGGCUCAAUUUGACACGAAUUAUAUAUGUGUGUGUUAAUCAUGGAUAUGCGUUAACAAUUCACACUGUCACCAUGUGUUUGAAAGUUUAUCUUGUUGGGCUAGCUAAAAAAAAAAGUACAAAAUUCCUGUUAUUAACAAUGCUGAUGUUUUAUUUCCACGCAGAUUAUGGUUCAUCGUCUUAAUGAAAGGCCUCAUUGACAAUCAUACCACAUCUUCUUUUUUAUAUUCCCUGCUAUAUAUUUUUUCGCCAAUAUAUGCUCAUCCUGCAGCAUAUUAUGCAUAUAU